GGGUUUGGACGCAUGGAGGAAAUGAGGGAACAAGCGGAGAGAGGGUAGUUCUAGUUCGCGUUCCUCUGCUUCCCUGAUACGGGACGGCGACGGCGGAGGGAGAGCUGCCCCUUGCCGGGGAAGGGAGAAGCUUGGGGGUGGCCCUGAGGGGCGGCUCUUCUCUGUCUCUCGCCCCCCUCCUCAAUAUGAACGUGGCUCCCUGAGGGGAGGCGGAAGGGGACCGUAGAUGGGCUGUGUGUGAGAAGAAUUCCCAGGCCUGGAGAUGAGGAGAUUCCCCGGGCAAUGUGUCGCUGCCUUUACCUCUUUUUAGCUAUUGAUGUGACUUAAAAUGACUUCUGAUUCUGAAGGUCUUCUGAAAGAUAUGCAGUGCUUGAAUGUUUGCUAAGGACUAUUGCUGAUGCGUGGUCAAGAUGAGUGGAUUAGGAGAAAACUCCUUAGAUAGUUUGACUAAUGAGUCAAGGAAGCGUAAGCCAUUGUCCUGUGAUACACCAGGUGCAAGUCUGGUCUGCAGUGGUGAGAAGCGUCGACGUGAGCAGGAAAGCAAAUACAUUGAAGAACUGGCUGAACUGAUAUCUGCUAAUCUGAGUGACAUUGACAAUUUCAAUGUCAAACCAGACAAAUGUGCUAUUUUAAAAGAAACCGUGAGACAGAUUCGACAAAUAAAGGAGCAAGGAAAAGCAGUUUCUAAUGAUGAUGAUGUUCAGAAAGCUGACGUAUCAUCCACGGGUCAAGGAGUUAUUGACCAGGAUUCAUUGGGACCUCUUUUAUUACAGGCAUUGGACGGCUUCCUCUUUGUUGUAAAUCGAGAUGGGAACAUAGUAUUUGUAUCAGAAAAUGUCACACAGUAUCUGCAGUAUAAACAAGAAGAUUUGGUUAAUACAAGUGUCUAUGGUAUCUUGCAUGAAGACGACCGGAAAGACUUCCUUAAAAAUUUACCGAAAUCUUCAGUUAAUGGAGUUGCUUGGGCUAAUGAAACACCCAAACAGAAGAGCCAUACAUUCAAUUGCCGGAUGAUGGUGAAAAGCUCUCACGAUCCCUUUGAAGAUGCAGGUGGCUACCAGGAUAUACGUCAAAGAUAUGAAACUAUGCAGUGCUUUGCUUUAUCACAGCCAAAAGCUAUGAUGGAAGAGGGGGAAGAUUUGCAGUCCUGCAUGAUUUGUGUGGCACGUCGUAUCACAACUGCCGAAAGGGUAUUUCCAGCAAAUCCAGAGAGCUUUAUUACAAGACAUGAUCUUUCAGGGAAACUUAUCAACAUUGAUACAAACUCAUUGCGAUCUUCCAUGAGACCUGGCUUUGAAGAUACAAUUCGUCGGUGUAUUCAGAGAUUCUUAUGCCACAAUGAUGGGCAGUCAUGGUCAAAUAAACACCACUAUCAUGAAGCUUAUACUCAGGGUCAUGCUGAAACCCCAGUGUAUCGGUUUUCUUUAGCGGAUGGUACAACAGUGACAGCUCAAACAAAGAGUAAACUGUUUCGAAAUCCUGUAACUAAUGACCGACAUGGAUUUGUCUCUACCCACUUCCUUCAAAGAGAACAAAAUGGAUAUUGGCCAAAUCCUAAUUCUGUUGGGCAAAACAUCAGAACACCUGUGACUGGAAACACAAAUUCUGUUAAUGGCCUUAUGAACAUGUCACCUGGUCAAGCCAUGCCAAUGCAGAGCAGGAGCUAUGGGAUGGAAGAUUCCAAUGCAGUGGGUCAGCUCACCAGCACUCGAUAUGGAGGCCCUGGGAAUAUGGUGCCAGUGAACUCUGGACCCGGAAUUCAGUCCUCUGCUUAUCAGAGUAACAGUUUUGGGUUAAAUAUAAGUAGCCCACCACAUGGUAGUCCUGGCUUAACUUCCAACCAACAGAAUGUAAUGGUAUCUCCUAGGAAUCGAGGGAGUCCAAAAAUGAGUUCACACCAGUAUUCUCCAGUUACAGGUAUGCACUCGCCAAUGGGAUCUGCCAGCAACACUAGCAACAGCACUUUCUCCAGCAGUUCUCUUAGUGCUCUGCAAGCCAUUAGUGAGGGUGUUGGAAAUUCCCUUUUAUCAACACUUUCUUCACCGGGUCCAAAAUUGGAUAGUUCCCCAAAAAUUAGCAUAACUCAACAAAGUAAGAUAAGUACCCAGGACUCCAAAAGCCCUUCUGGUUUGUAUUGUGAACAAAAUCAAGUGGAAAGUUCUAUCUGCCAGUCAAACAGAGAUCUCCUUAGUGAAAAAGAUAGUAAAGAGGGAAAUCUGGAGGCAUCUGAAAGUCAGAGAGGACCAUCUGAGAGCAAAGGGCAUAAAAAACUGCUUCAGCUACUCACAUGCUCCUCAGAUGAAAGAGGACAUUCUACAGCAUCAAACUCACCUUUAGACUCAAGUUGUAAAGAAGCUUCUACCAGUGUUACCAGUCCUUCAGGAGUUUCCUCAUCAACAUCUGGAGGGGUAUCUUCCUCCUCAAACAUGCAUGGGUCACUCCUGCAAGAGAAGCACAGGAUUUUACAUAAAUUGUUGCAGAAUGGUAAUUCUCCAGCAGAGGUGGCCAAGAUCACAGCCGAAGCUACUGGUAAAGACACGUAUCAUGAUGCUAGUAACACACGCUCCUGUGGAGAAGGUACUGUCAAACAGGAACAACUGAGCCCAAAGAAGAAAGAAAACAAUGCUUUACUAAGAUAUCUUCUAGAUAAAGAUGAUAUUAAGGAUCUUUCCAAAGAGUUGAAGCCUAAAGUAGAAGGUUUGGAUAGUAAGAUGGGACAAUGCACAAGUUCUACAAUUCCUACUUCAAGUCAAGAAAAAGAAAUGAAAAUAAAAAUGGAGCCAGCAGAGGAGAUGAAUGGAGACUUGGAUAAUUUGGACGCAAUUCUAGGUGAUCUUGCUAGUUCAGAGUUUUACAGUAAUGCUGUGUCUGCAAAUGGAAAUAACCCUGGAACAAAGCAAGCGUUAUUUCAAGGAAAUGCCCUGUUGGGUGCGAAGAGUCCCCAGUCUGUGCAGACUACUCGCCCACCUUUUAACAGAGCCUUGUCUUUAGACAGCCCUAUGGGCUCAGGUGCUUCAGUGAAGAAUGUCAAUGUGUUCUCCAUGUUACAAAAGCAAAACUUGAUGGGUGGAAGCCCAAGAAUGAUUGAAAACCAAGAAAAUUUUGGAGCAAAUCUGGCAAGCGCUCCCAACAGAAAUGUGGCGAUGAAUCAGCAUCAGUCAGGAGACUGGGGCCUGCCAAAUUCCAAAGUGAACAGAUUGGAAUCCACAAGUUCUGCUUCACUGUUGAGACCAGGAGCUGAACUUAGUGCAGCCCUCCUGAGGCCCCCAGAGGAGGGUUCUGUGUCUGGGCUGCCUGUUCGCUCUCACAGCGUACCUGGUACUAGGCCAAUGCUGCAACCGCAAAUGGUUCGCAUGAGGCCAAAUGAGAUAAACAUUGACAUGGGAGGGAAUCCAUAUGGACAGCCUGGACCUUCUAACCAACCUGGAUUGUGGCCUGACAAUAUGAUGUCCAUGGAGCAAGCAUCACGGGGUUUGCAAAACAGACAGCUAGUUAGAAGCUCUUUGGAUGAUCUCUUAUGUUCGGCACCAAAUAUGGAAGGGCAGAGUGAUGAAAGGGCACUUCUGGAUCAGCUGCACACACUACUGAGUAAUACAGAUGUCACAGGUCUGGAAGAAAUCGACAGAGCCUUAGGAAUUCCUGAUCUUGUAAACCAAGGACAAGCUUUGGAACCCAAACAAGAUUCAUUUCAAGGUCAGGAAUCUUCGGUUUUGAUUGACCAGAAGCCUUUGUUAUAUGGUCAACCCUAUCAAGGGCAAGGGGCAGCAGUGCCAGGAGGUUUUAGUAACAUCCAGGGACAACAACCAUCUUUUAAUUCAAUGAUGAAUCAGAUGAGCCAAGCAAGCAAUUUUCCUCUACCAAGUGUGCAUCCCCGAGGAAACGUGGUGAGACCUCGGAGCAGCACACCAAAGCAGCUGCGCAUGCAGCUCCAGCAGAGGCUCCAGGGACAGCAGUUCAUGAAUCAGACCCGUCAAAUGCUUGAAAUAAAAAUGGAAAAUCCCAUCAGUGGUACUAACUCUGUGAUGAGACCAGUUAUGCAGGCACAGGUGGGAUCCCAGCAGCAAAGUUUUCUUAAUGCUCAAAUGGUGGCUCAGCGUAACAGGGAACUAAUAAGUCACCAUUUUAGACAACAGAGGAUGGCAAUGAUGAUGCAGCAGCAACAGCAACCUCAGGCCUUCAGUCCACCACCAAAUGUGACAGCCUCAGGAAGCAUGGAUAGUGCUUUGACAGGCCCUCCAAUGGCUCAAGUUCCUUCACAGCAAUUCCCCUAUUCAUCUAAUUAUGGAAUAAGUCAGCAACCUGAUCCUGCAUUUAGUAGAGUAUCAAGCCCUCCCAAUUCAAUGAUAUCAUCAAGAAUUGGACCCUCCCAGAACCCCAUGCUGCAGCAUCCUCAGUCAGCAGCAAUGUACCAGUCCUCAGAGAUGAAGGGUUGGCCCUCAGGAAGCAUGCCCAGAAACAGCUCUUUUCCACAGCAGCAGUUCAGCCACCAAGGCAGCCCAGCAGCGUACAGUGCGAUGCACAUGAACAGCAGCAGUGGCCACAUCGGGCAGAUGAGCAUUAACGCCAUGCCUAUGGCAGGACUGCCCAUGGCUCCAGACCAGAAAUACUGCUGACAUCUACAACCACAUCUUCAAACAAGAAUGGCUGAAUGCACUAAUGUUAGAAAGGAAAGUGACACAUUCUUCAUGGCAAGUUAUACUGGGCUUACAGAAACCAGUGAUAAAUUUCCUCAUCCAGAGGAAAACAAACAAAAAAACCCCUACCCAACAAAAAUACAUUUUAGCAGAGGCAGCCUAUGUAUGACUGCAUGAUUUCAGGUACAAAAACAGGUCACUAAUACUUUUGACACUCUUCCUCUAGGAAUGUAAUUUUGAUAAGGCCAUUUUAAUAGAUUUGAUUGUAGACUCCUGGUAUACCUUAUCUAUUUACUGUAGCUAUCCAAAGCCCUUUAGCCCAGGCAGACAAAAGUGCCAGUGACAAAAGAAGUGACAGUGGUAAGAAUUUCCUGAUUUCUCUCACAACAAUAUCUGACAGAGAAUGUAGUUCUUAGCCUUGACUCUUUUAUAUGACUUCCUGAAUAUAAAUGCUGCUUUUAGUCUAUUACCCCGAGUCAGGGAUUUCCCAAGCAAAGUAGCAGUGCAAAAUCAAUUGGCACGAGCUAGUACAAAAUCCUGUCAGUUGAAGCCACGGGUUAAAAAGAGAGGAUAAACAAUUUAAAUUAUUUAAAAACACAAUUGUGUUUGUGCAGCUGAGUGCACUUUAUAGAAGAAUAUAUAAUGGAUUAAUGCAAUGUCUUUGAUAAGGACUUAAUAUGAAGGCAGGGUGUACUCAUGUUCCUUCUCAAACACAAUCUCUUAAGAAUUAUUUGAAAAGACUGCAUAAUGUAAUGUUUCCUGUGUAUGGAAAUUAGAGCAAUAAUCUUUAAUCUUUUUUUGAAAAUAACUUUAGAAAACUCAAGGCAAGACACUGCAGUCAGAAUCAGAAUUUUGCAGUCUUUUUGUGAAUAAAUUUUGUAAAUAUGAUCUUUAAAACAAUGUAUUAUAUAUAUGACUUUUGUAGGCCACUAACUCAUUUUUGCAGAGUUUGUGAAGCUAAAUAUUUAACAAAAUUGAUUUCUGGAAAUGGAGUGUAGCUGAGGUCCAAAUGGAAUUUUUUUAAAUUAAAUUUAAGGACUUCGAAGCUGGGUGACUUUGGCCAACAUAUUUCUCUUCUUUGGUCUUCAACACUUCAUUUGUUUUUACAUCUUUAACAUAGAACUUUUUAUAAAAAAAAAGACUGGUUGUUCAAUAUUUUCUCCACCCGUGAACACUUUUGUCACAUUUCUUUUUACCUAAGGCAAUUUAACACAAAGGCUCUGCACUGUAAGAUCUUACAGCUUGUCAGGACAGAUGUGUCUGUAACAGGUUGCCUUUUCAGUUCAUGAAUCUGGAUUGAGUCUUUUUGGUCAAUUUUAAUGAACUCUAAAUGUUCUUUGAAAAUGUUUAUCUGUUGCAAAAUAUUUGUUGUUAUGUAACAUCCAGAAAUCUUUAAGGAUAUUAAGCCACACUUUAACCAAAUGUCUACACCUCAUUGGAUUAUUCUAAUAGUAAUGAAUGCAUUUUCUAGGCAGAUGUCUGUCACAGCAGUAUUUAAGUCUGGUUACAUAUUAUUUGCUGACAGCAUGGGGUUUUUAUUUCCCCCUCCAUUUUGGGUACUCGAAAUGAAGAUCCCUUUGCACUUUUUGCAGUUACAAGGAAUUAAAGCGCUAAACCUUCAUAGGGUAUGACCCAGAAAUUUUAGGAUGUGUGGUGCUUCUGUUCUGUUGUUCAUUCUGUAAUGGAAAACUGGUUUCUCCCAAAUGAGUAAAAAAACCAAAAAAACCCCAACCUAAUCUGUGUUCCUUUUUGCUUAUUCUUGGUACUGUUAUCAAGAGGAGGUUUUAUUGUUCAGAAUAUUCAGUGAUCUUCCAUUUUAAUAGAAGUUUCAACAGAAAUAUUCUCAAAAAUUCAUCCUUAGCACCUAGCCAGCUGUGUUUCAAAGGGAAUGUAGAGUCAAUUGCUCUAUUUCAUGGAAGCCUGUCUCUUCCAUUAGUACUCAGUCUAUAGAUUAUCACAGCAUUUAUUUUAAAUUUUCAGUCCAGUUAAUAUGUGUUUAUAAUGCAAAACUUUCAAGAGCCUAAGGAACUUUCAUUUUUUCAUUUCUUGGAACAUAUCUAUUUGUUAAGUGCUGCUUACUGAGGGUGAAAGGCAACAAUCCCUUGCUUUUUAUAUCAAAUCAGAGUAGAACAAUAUUUUGUAGUUGUUCAUUAUUCUGAUGGAAACUACAAACACCGGUUGCUUUCAUUAGGUGAGCUCUUAGACUAUAUACUGCUAUAUACAUCUUGCAGUAUAAUUUUUUUUAAAAUUAGUAAUUCUAUUUAUACAUCUAUGUAUAACUGGUACCUAUCUAACUGACAUUAUAAAGGUUCAUCCUUUUCUCAUCUGUUUAGAAUGUUGGAGCUUUCCAGUACCUACUUUUUUUUCUCAAUGAAAGGAUUUUUAGUUAAAAGUUGGUGAAGGGGCAGGGGGCAUUUUUAAAAUGCAUUGAUGCCAUCUUUCAUGGCAGCACUAAAUAGUACAUCUAGUUGGAAUCUGUUGACAUUUAGUUACCACCAUCAAUUUUGCUUUGGUCCUAUAGCGGUAGAUUUUUCUGAAUGUUUUUUUUUAAUAAAAUCCAUGUAACAUUAUUCAGCAGUAAGGGAUUAAUUAGCUAGUACAGCAACCUCUGAUCACUGCUGCACGAUCCAGUGUUGUUUUGCAAUGUCUCUGUUACUUUUUUGAUCACAGAAACCAUGUGUUCAUUAAACUCGUGUGUAGUAUACUUUUUUCCUGGCCUAAAGUACUGCUUCAGAAGUGAGAUUCAGACCAUGUUUCUGUCACAAGACAAAACUUACUUGAAUGUUGCACCAGUUAGCACACCUUUUAUUAUAGAAUUUAUGUGCAGACCACCAGAUAACAGAAGAUACAGCAAGUGUGAAACCAUGUAAUUCUGAGAGCAAUAUUUUAAAAAAUUCUCAGGAGAAGGCAUACGGUAUUGAGAAUUGCAUCUAAGUUUAGUUUACAUUUUAAGUAUUGCUUGAAAUAUCUGUUCCUUUAUUUUGCAAAACAGAGAAAUCAUGGGGACUGACUUAUAAAAGGGUUGGUUGUAAGGUGCCCUUCUGGUUUUUGUGUUUGGAUGUUAAUAAUAAUGUAAAUAAAGGUUUCUAUUUAAAAUCAGAUCUUGGUGACGCUGUGUGAGCAAAUACUUUAGGGUGGUUAUCCAGGAAAGGUCAGAGAAAAUUCCCUGCUAUCACUGAUGAAAACUGUGUAUAAAGAAUGAUUUUACAUUUUAUCCUAGUUGGCUGUUAAGGAUGAGGGAGUAACAACUGAGACCUUUCACUUAUGAGACAUAUUUAGCACUGACACCAGCUAGAAUUUAUGUCUUUUUCAACUUAAAUAGCAAGCUCCAGAAGAGCUGAAAGGAGAAGAGGUGGUAUCUUUCCCCAAACUUGACAACAACAUACCUUUCAUUAAAUACCAGCUGCUUCUAGUGUCACAUCCAAGUCUCUCAGCUCAGUAUUUUCUAUAAAGGUGACAAGUAACAGGUGCAGUAACACUGGCCCUGCAGGAUUGUAACAGUCACAACCCCACCUGGCCAGAGACUAGGCUAAACGCACAAGGGUGUGCCAAUUCUGCAUGCACACUGGGAAUGGCUGCUUUUCUCCGGAAAGCAGCAAACAUGUGAGGGUUUUAGGGAACUUAAUUGUUUUUUUACUUACUUUUAUGGAUCCAGGAUCUCAUCAUCUAUUAGAUUUUUCUGAUAAUCCAUGAAAAUGUUAACAUGUUAUAAUGAAAAUACAUGGCUAGAUUAAGACAGACAUUCACAUUUUACUUCCGUACUUAAAAAAGCUUGCAAAAAGUUUUGGGUAGUAUAUUUGACUUACCACAUGAUACAAAUAAGUCCAAUCUUACUAAGCAUAUACAAAGAAUUCCACUUCUGCUUUUUGAGUGGGUUUUUUUUUUCUCAUUCCUAAAUUCAAGUCCAUUUUUUAAGAGUUGUGGUAUAUAAUUCCACUUGAUCUUCCUAACUGCAAAACCAGGAAUGGUUUCAAAAUAAUUUCCAUGCUGUAUUUUUACACUGCAUUUCUACAAGAAAAAGUUAAGUUUGCAUUUUGAAAAAAAUACCUCUUUGUUAGGAGUGAAGGCCACAGUUGGUUGAGUCUGUCCCAUGAGCACCCUAAGGCAUUUGCCUUUAAACAUAGGUAGCAAAGUAACAUGAAACAAAUGAUAAAUACAAAUCUCGCCAAUAGUGCCUGUACUACCACAUAUGUAUUAAUGUUCCUAUGAAACUACUCAAAUAAUUCUGUACACUGUGCUUCCUUAGUAAAGUUAUAGGGUUUUUUCCCCUGUGAAAGUCUUUGAACAGUAACUCUCAUUUACUUUUUUGCAGACUAAAGUAUAACUAGAUUAUUGACUACAAGUAUUGAACUCUCAGAGCUGAGGUUUUUAAAAAUAAGUGUAAAAGUUACUAAACAAACACUGCUUUCUCAAAGGAAGUGUUUUGGUUUUGAACAUGCAGUAUAAUAUUACCACAUAAAAAACCUUCAUACAAAUCUGAUUUUGUUAAAAUUUAAGAUGUACAUUUACUGAAACUUUUCAGUACUUUUAAAAAUGAAUAGAUUCUGACUUAGCAUUCUGAGAAAUGAUGUGUGGGCGUUACACUCUUUUUUAUUAACAAAUUUCUUCACAACCUGAAGGAAUUUAUUUUCAAACAGUACACUGAUCAAUAUUUACACAACCCCUCCAAAAAUCUGGCAUCCUGUUAGUCAAGAUUUUCUCUAAUCUUCAUAGAGGUGACUAUAUGAUGAACAAGUAGACAUGGAACUAAAAUGUAUUCUCAGAGGAAACUGAAGAAAUUCCAUGGUGUUGAGAACACUUAGUGCUGCUGACUUCAGUUCCUGAAUCUUCAAAGUUCUUUUCAACCAUUACCUUUACCCCAGUGAUAAGCAAAAGCAUCCUUGUUUUCUAAAUCUUGCUUUAGACUUGUACUUGGCUCUGAAGUUUUUCUCAUGACCUCUAAAGACACAGGUGAACUGGAAAUUGUCUGAAGGUCCCUUCAACUGUCUGUGUAAACACUGCUGCAGUGGCAGUCCUCUUUGGGAUGUGGCUGGGUUUCCUCCUCUGUCAAUUCCUGAAUCAGCAAUAGUUGUGUCUUCUUGAAGUAAAAUGUCUUUUGAAGCAGGUGAGGUAUAAUCCAAAGCAAAAAAGCAGGUACAACAGUGG